AUGGAAAACAACUGCUCGACGAACGCAGGUCAGAGCAGAACUCUCCUCGAAGCGCUCAACAACCCAAUCUUUACACCGAUAGCACUGUUCCUGGUCUUAAUAAUAAUUGUCGCUAUCUGUGGCAAUCUAGUAGUUAUAAGAACUGUUUGCGUGACUCGAAAGCUUCAUUAUCCUGCAUUCUAUUUUGUGGUUAGUUUGGCUGUGGCGGAUUUGUGCGUUGGAUUUUUGGUUGUUCCAUUACAACUGGUCUAUCAUGUUACAGGCUAUAUGGAAGGAUACGUACUAGGCAAGUGGAUAUUAGGAGAAAUAGCCUGUGAUUUCUGGACUUCAGUCAGUAUAUGGUUUGCCUGUGCGUCUCUCAUCAAUCUCUGUGUUGUCAGCUGGGAUCGCUACGUCGCUGUGACGUCACCUCUGACCUACAACCUGCGCAUGCGUGAUAGCAAGGUCAAGCUCUUGAUCGGACUGGUUUGGAUGAUAUCUCUUUUCUUUGGUAUUCUCUACACACUUAGUUAUAAAUACUCGGCAACCAGAGUUCUCUGCACCACACAAGGUCUUUCUACUAACUUCACAGUUCUUGCAUUUGUCUUACUGUUUCUUCUUCCAACGUGUUUUAUCAUAUUCGUCAACUACGUGGUGUUUAAAAUCGCGCGCACACACAGACGGCAGAUCGACAACUUGGAGUACUCGGUUUCAGUUUCCGGUGUAACACCAGCGCCUUCAACUACGUCACUUCGCCAGAAAACAUUCCAUGGCCAGAGUAUCGCACAAAAGAAAUCGCAGAAGACCUACAAAAUGCUCCUGGUAAUAAUCAUAGCGUAUAUAGUAUGUUGGACGCCAUUUUUUCUACUUUUGUUGAUACAAAUUUUUAUGGCUAUUUCGGAGAGUGCUAGUUAUAUGGGAGUGCUCUUAACGUAUCUAAACAGUGCUAUCAAUCCAUUUAUAUACGGAGCUUUCAAUAGAGAAUUCAGGACAGCGGUAAAGAAAUCGCAUCGGAGAAGAAAUAGAAUUGGCAUCUUGAAGGAAUCUUUUGUACCGACAUCACAAGCAAAUAUGUUAAAAAUACCAAACAGUUCUCCCUUUGUUUCUUCCGGGUCUUCAUAA